GCUCUUCCGGGUCGUCCCCGGGCGGCUCUAGGCGCUCCUCGAGUCAUUUAAGUAAAAGGCGUGUCCUCUGGUGCUAAUGGCAUGGAGGAGGGGCGUCGCGCGCGCGGAACUCGUUGGGAGCCUGGGGGCCUACACAGCGCUUCUAGGGGCCUAAGUUGCCUGCGGCUGGACCGGCUCGCACGAGACCGCUAGGUGCCGCUUCCCCUUCCAGCCAGCCUCCGCCGCCUUCCUUACGACUUCCGCGUGCCUUCUUUCCGGCGCCCGCCCGCGGCCAGAGCCAGGAUGCUUCCGAAGCGGCGGCGAGCGUGGGUCGGGUCCCCUGGCGGUCCUGUCCCCUCCACGGCGCGCUUCCCCGGCAUUGCCAUCUACCUGGCCGAGCCGCGCAUGGGUCGCAGCCGCCGGGCCUUCCUCACGCGCCUGGCCCUCUCCAAGGGCUUCCGGGUCCUGGAUGCCUACAGCUCUGAGGUGACACAUGUGGUGAUGGAACAGACCUCAGCGGAGGAGGCCAGCACCUGGAAGGAGCACAGGGCGGUGGCAGGCUCUCCGCAGGGCCGCACCAGCCCAGUGCUGCUGGACAUAAGCUGGUUCACGGAAAGCAUGGCAGCUGGGGAGCCCGUGCCUGUGGAGCCCUGGCACUGCCUGGAGGUGGCCGUGCCCGGGAAAGGGCUGCCAGGCUCAGUAUGGAUGCCACAGUAUGCCUGCCAGCGCCCCACACCCCUCACACACCACAACAGCAGCCUCACGGAGCCUCUGGAGAUGCUGGCGGAGGCGGCUGGCUUUGAGGGCAGUGAAGGCCGCUUCCUCUCCUUCUACAGAGCAGCCUCGGUGCUCAAGGCCCUUCCGAGCCGGGUCACAGCCGUGAGCCAGCUGCAGGGGCUGCCCCACUUUGGAGAACAUUCCUGCAGGGUCAUCCAGGAAGUGCUGGCACGGGGAGUAUGUGAGGAGGUGGAGAGAAUCCGAUGCUCAGAGAGGUACCAGACCAUGAAGCUUUUCACCGGGAUCUUCGGGGUUGGGGUAAAGACUGCUGACCGGUGGUACCGAGAAGGGCUGCGGACCCUCGACAGCCUCCAAGAGCAGCCCCAGAGGCUGACCCAGCAGCAGAAAGCAGGACUCCGGCACUACCAGGACCUGAGUGUGCCACUCCAGCGACCCCAAGUGGAGGCCCUGCAGCGGGUGGUGGAGGCAGCCGUGGGGCACAUCCUUCCCGGGGCCACCGUCACGCUGGCCGGCGGCUUUCGGAGGGGCAAGUUGCAGGGCCACGACGUGGAUUUCCUCCUCACCCAUCCCCAGGAGGGCCGGGAGGCAGGGCUGCUGUCCAGAGUGAUGCACAGCCUGCAGAGUCAGGGCCUUGUCCUGUACCACCAGCACCACCACGGCCACUGUGCAGAUGCCGCCUGCCCGCCCCGGCAGAACCACGCCAUGGACGGCUUUGAGAGGACCUUCUGUAUCUUCUGCCUGCCUUCACCCCCAGGGGCUGCUGUGGGGGGCGCCCGGAGGGCCGUGCGGGUGGACCUGGUGGUGGUCCCUGCCAGCCAGUUCCCCUACGCCCUGCUGGGCUGGACAGGCUCGAAGCAUUUCCAGCGGGAGCUGCGCCGCUUCAGCCGGAAGGAGAGAGGGCUGUGGCUGAACAGCCAUGGGCUGUUUGACCCCCAGCAGAAGAAACAUUUCCAUGCGGCUUCGGAGGAAGACAUCUUCAGACACCUGGGCCUGGAGUACCUUACCCCAGAGCAGAGAAAUGCCUGACCCAGCCGCUGGCCCAGUCUGCUCUCUGGAGAGGCAGGCCCUGUGGAUGACCUCGGCCGCUGGAGGUCUCCAGGGCAAAGAUGCACUGUGGCCCCAAGUCCUCACCCCACACCCAGGCCCGGAUAUAAUGAAAUGAGCACACGUAACAAACCAAGCUCUGUUUUUUUUGUACUGCUGGCUGCCCAGGGGGCGUGGUGCUGAUUCUGUGCAGAGGCCCAUCCUGCUGGGUGUUGGUCGGGGGCAGGGCUGUGUGACCCUGGGUCAGUGAGGACCUGAAGGCACCUUCUCUGUGGGCUGGUUGUGGAACUUGAGGUGGCGGAUGGCAAGUGCUUUGUGUGGUGGGGGUGGGGGGGUUGUCCACCUGCUGUGUGGCCAGCCACUGGGGAGGACAGGGCCCAGAGGUAGGAGCUGGGGGCAGGGGGAGAAUUUCCAGGGCCCGUCCACCACCUUCCAGCCAGGCUUCCUGUCUCUGCCUCUGCUCUUCUAAGGUCUGUUCUCAGAAGGCCUUUGUCAGCAGGUCCUGUCGCACCCCUCGUUGCUCCAGGCGCACACUCGUGCUCAGCGAUUCCAGAGCCUCACAGUGGCCCCCAGAGCCCUGGCCACCCCUGACCACUGGCCUCGUCUGCUCUCCCACUGCUUUGAGCCAGGUGCCUUCCUGCCCCGGUGCCCAUGUGAACUGCCCCAGACACCCGCGAGGCCAGGGCAGGUCUCAGCCUUUCCUGGAGGGGCCUUGGCCAUGCAGUGUUCUCUGCUCCUCAAAUCCCCAGGCCUGUGCCUUUGCCACAGGACCUUCCACUAGAAGUCCUCUCCUGACUCAGGUCUCUGUCAGUUGAGGACUUUCCUGACCACUCGCUGCGUUAAAAAAUAUUUUUUUAAAUAACAUGCAGACAAAUUGAUUCUUUUUGGUGUCCCUGUGUACACCCAUUCCCCUCCACCUUGCGAGCCCUGGAAAUAAAACAGCCAGUUAUUGUGCCAGCAAAACAGGUUUGUUUACUUGGGAAUGACUGAGGGACAGUAACCUAGGACAAGUAACCUGAUAAAACCAAAAGAUGGGAACAGGAGGAGGAACAGGAGGAACAGCCUUCCCUUUGGGAAGGGCUGUCAUGUAUGAAAGUCCGAUGGAAAUUCGGAGUUCGGGGUGGUGGUUUCUCACGGGCUGGGCUGGUGCCAGGACAAGGACCCUCCUCCUGUGGGCAGUAGGACAGGCUUCCCUGCCUUCCCUUCCUCUGUGCUGUCAGCACAGAGCCUGACCCAGGGCUCAAACUCACAACCCAGGGAUCAUGACCUCAGCCAAAAUCAAGAGUCGGACAGGGGCGCCUGGGUGGCUCAGUUGGUUAAGCAUCCAACUCAGUUUCGGCUCAGGUCAUGAUCUCAUGGUUUGUGAGUUCGAGCCCUGCAUCGGGCUCUGUGCUGAAGGUGCCGAGCCUGCUUAGGAUUCUCUCCUUCCCUCUCUGUGCUCCUCUCCCACUCUGUCUGUCUCAAAAAUUCUCCCUCUCUCUGCUCCUCUCCCACUCUGUCUCUCUCUCAAAAAAAAAAAAAAAAGGUCGGACACAACUGAACCACCUAGGCACCCCUAAUUUUCAUUUUAAGUAAGCUCCGUGCCCAGUGUGGGGCUUGAACUCACAACCCUGAGAUCAAGAGUUGCACACUUGGGGCGCCUGGGUGGCUCAGUCGGUUAAGUGUCCAACUUUGGUUCAGGUCAUGAUCUUGUGGUUUGUGGUUUUGAGCCCCGCGUUGGGCUCUGUGCUAACAGUUCAGAGCCUGGAGCCUACUUUGGGUUCUGUGUCUCCUCUCCCAUGCUCAUGCUCUGUCUCUUAAAUAAUAAAUAAAACGUUAAAAAAAAAAAAAAAAAGAGUUGCAUGCUCUACUGUCUGAGCCAGCAGGGAACCCUUAUCUUUUGUCUUUUCGAUAAUAGCCAUUCUAACAAGUGUGAGAUGAUACCUCCUUGUUUUGAUUUGCAUUUCCCUGAUGAUUGGUGAGUUAGAGCAUCUUUCCAUGUGUCUGUUGGCCAUUUGUGUGUCUUCUCUGGGAAAAUGUCUAUUUGGUUCUUCUGUCCAUUUUUUAUUAAAAUUUUUUUUUAACGUUUAUUCAUUUUUUGAGAGAGACAGAGUGUGAGUGGGGGAGGGGCAGAGAGAGAGAGGGAGACACAGAAUCCAAAGCAGGCUCCAGGCUCUGAGCUGUCAGCACAGAGCCCAUCUCGGGGCUCAAACUCCUGGACCGUGAAAUCAUGACCUGAGCCGAAGUCGGACACUUCGGCACCCAGGUGCCUCUGUCCAUUUUUUAAUCAAAUUGUUUGGCUUUUGCCAUUGAAUAUAUGAGUUCUUUAUAUAACUUCUAUAUUAACCCCUUGUCAGAUACAGGAUUUGCAAAUAUUUCCUCCCAUUCCAUAGGUUGGUUGCCUUUCCAUUUUGUUGGUUGCUUCCUUUGCUGUGCAGAAGAAUUUCAGUGUGAUGUCCCACUUACUUAUUUUUGCUUUUGUUACAUUUUGAUUUGACAUCCAAAAAAUCAUUGCUAAGAUAUCCUUCCCUGAAGUCAGAACCGAGGUUUGCUGCCAGAUACACGUGAUGGUAGCACCUUACAACUUCUAGGCCCUUGACUAUGAUAUCCUUGGCAUUUCCCAGGCCCACGCUGAUCAGGCCCCAAGUUCAGGUCCAAAAUAGUGAUAUAGAACGCUCCUGAACUCACUUUCUUCUCUGGAUACACCAAAUCUGCAACAAAGAAGCAAUUUCCUCUAAAAAGAAAUCCAGAAACUAGCUGAACAAUUCCUACCUACUGGACAAACUGAGAAUAUCCACAUCAAGAUGGGUCACCAGUGUCUCCCUGGAAGGAGCUCAUGCACAUACCUGGUGCAUCCAGAGGACAUACCCCUUGAUCACCUGGUUCUGGUGGCCGGUGGGGUUUGCAUUUGCAGGGCCCCACAGACCUGUUCAAAGAAACCAUUCUUAACCAGCUAUCCUUCCAGGGUUCAGCACAGAGUAUGCAGACCGAAAUCCUAUCUCCCAGGCCUUCCACAAAAGAGGCCUGUUUGUCUACGAAAGCUGCAGCCUGGGGGUCAGGCUUCUAAUUUAGCACACAUCUAUGGCUGAGCCUCCCCUCUGGGACACUGACAGGCCUUGGCACACUUUCAACCACUGGAACGAUUAUGAACAAAGAAGGUGCUCGGGCAAUCAUGAAAGUUUGAGAGAAUCGAGAGCUUGGGCUGGGCUGAAGGAUAAGGUCCAUAAGGUCCAUCCCCUUCAUGAGACCCCCCCCCCCAUCAAACCUUGGAGAGGUUGCUGUUUUGUCUAAUACACAGAAAUCAACACAGAGUCAAGGAAAAGGAACAGAGGAAUAUGUUCCGAACCAAAGAACAAGAUAAAACUCCAGAAAUAGACCUUCAUGAUAUGGAGAUUAGUGACUUAGCUGAUAAAAAGUUCAAAAUAAUGGUCAUAAAGAUGCCCACUGAGCUCAGGAGAAUAAUGCAUGGACAAAUGAGAAUUUCAACAAAGACAUGAAAAUUAUAAGAAAAUACCCAACAAACCACAGAGCUGAAGAAUACAGUAAUGGAACUGAGAUUCAACAGAGGGGUUCGGCAACAGACUAUAUAAAGCUGACUCAGAUGAAUCACUGGAUUCUACUCCUGAAACCAAUAUUGCAUUGUAUGUUAACUAUCUAGAAUUUAAAUUAAAAAAAAAAAAUUAAAGCUGACUUGGGCGUGCCUGGGUGGUUCAAUCAGUUGAGCAUCUGACUCUUGAUUUCAGCUCAGGGUUGUGUGAUUGAACCCCAUGUUGGGUUCUGCACUGAGUGUGGAGACUGCUUAGGAUUCUCUCUCUCCCUCUGUCCCCUCCUCAUCUUGUGCACUCUCUCACUCAAGAAAAAAACAAAAAGUUUACUUGAAGACAGUACAGUGGGAUUCAUCCAAUUAGAGGAGCUAAAAGAAAGAAGUGAAAAAGAAGAUAGCUUAAGGGGCUUAUGGGACACUACUCAAGUAGGCCAAAAUGUACAUUAUGGGGUCCCAGAAGGAGGAGAGAGAAAGAAGGCUUAUUGGAGAAAUCAUGGCUGAAAACUUCACUAACCUGGGAAAGAACUAACUAUCCCGAUCCAGGAAGCCCAGAGAGUUCCCAAUAAGAUGAAUUCAAGGAAACCCACACCAAGACACAUUUUAAUUAAGCUGUCACAAUUUAAAGACAAUGAGAGAAUAUUAAAAGCAGUAAGAGAAAAACAACUGGUUACAUAGAAGGGAACCCCCACCUCCCAUAAGACCAUCAGAUUUCUCAGCAGAAACUUUUCAGGCCAUAAGGGAAUGUCAUGGUAUUUUCAAAGUGCUGAAAGAAACAAAACAAAACAACCCAAAAAAAGCCCUUCUGGUCAAGAAUACCAUACCUGGCAAAAUCAUCCUUCAGAAUUGAAGGAGAGAUCAAGAAUUUUCCAGAAAAGCUUGAAGGAGUUCAUCACCAUUAGAUCAACCUUACAAGAAAUAUUAAAGGGACUUCAAGCUGAAACAGAAGAUGUUAAUAACAGGAAAGCAUAUGGAAGUAUAAUUAUCACUGGUAAAGGUUAAUACCUAGUUAAGUUCAGAAUACUCUGAUAUUGUAAUGGUGAUGAGUAAAUCACUUACCAAUCUAUAAUUCACUUAAAGGUUAAAAGACAAAGGUAUUUAUAGUAAUUUGUCAAUGGAUAUAACAUGUAAGGAGAUGUAAAUUGUGAUAUCAAAACCAAAAUGGGGGGGGGGGUAAAAAUACAGAACUUUAGUAUGUGUUCAAAGCUAAGGUAUUAUCAACCUAAAAUAGACUGUUAAAACUAUGUAACCCUCAUGGUAACCACAAAGUCAAACUCUCUAGUAGAUACACAAAAGAUUAAUCUAAGCAUAUCACUGCAGCAAAUUAUCAAAUCACAGAGUGAAAGAGGAAGAAAGGAAUGAAGGAAUUACAAACCAACCAGAAACAAUGAACAAAAUAGCCAUAGUAAGACUGUAUCUAUAAGUAAUUAUUUAACAAAAAUUUUUAACGUUUAUUUUUGAGAGAGACAGAGUGUGAACGGAGGAGGGGCAGAGAGAGAGGGAGACAGAAUCUGAAGCAGGCUCCAGGCUCCCAGGUGUAAGCACAGAGCCCAAUGCAGGGUUUGAACUCACAGACUGUGAGAUCAUGACCUGUGCCGAAGCUGGACGCCCAACUGACUGAGCCACCCAGGCACCCCAAUAUAAGUAAUUAAAUGUAAAUGGACUAAAUUCUCCAAUGAAAAGAUAUAGAGCAGCUGAAUGGAUUAUAAAAAAGACCAACUAUAAGCUGCCUUUAAGUUUUAAGGAAGCAGACUGAAACUGAAGAGAUGGAAAAAGAUAUUUCAUGCAAACGAAAACCAAACGAAAACAGGGGUAUAUUAGACAAAAUAGACUUUAGACCAAAGACAGUAAGAAGAGACAAAGAAGGUCAUAAUAUAAUGAUAAAGGGGUCAAUCCAACAAGAGGAUAAAAUAAAAAUUUAAAAUUAUUGUUGUACCCAACAUAGGAGCACCUAAAUAUAUAAAGCAAACAGUAACAGACCUGAUGAGAGAAAUAGACAGGAAUACAGUAACAGCAAACUUCAAGACUCCGUUUUCAGUAAUGGACAGAAAAUAAGAAGACUUAACUAUGCAUUAGACCAGAUAGACCUGACAGACAUCUACACAAUAGUUCAUCCAGCAGCAGAAUACACAUGGGACAUUCUCCAGGUUACAGAAUAUCCACAAAACAGGCCUUAAUAAAUUCAAGAAGAUUGAAGUCCUAUCAAACAUCUUUUCUGAUCAUAAUGAUAUGAAACUAGAAAUCAAUUACAAGAAGAAACUUGGAAAGUUCACAACAUGUAGAGAUUAAACAACACACUUCUAAACAAUCAGUUGUCAAAAAAGAAAAACACAAAAUAUAUCUUGAAACAAAUAAAAUGGAAAUACAACAUACCAAAACCUAUC